CGUGCACUGCACACGGCGGACCUUCUGGGGAGUGGUGUAUGCUGGGAACUGUAGUAAUCAGAGUGAGGCAUCUUGGGAGUUGUGGUACCGGGUGAGGCGAGGAACGUCGUGCGCUGAAACUUGCGGCGACGACGCUGUGCAUGCCGGGAGUUGCCGUCUUAAGGGGGCUGCGUGCCGGCAGCGGUAGUUCACCCCGGUAGUGGAGGAUGUUGGAAACCGCUCUGCCCCGGAUCCAGCCUCUCUCUCCCCUCUUGUUUAUUGUUGUGGUCCCCAGACACGUGGCUCCACCCCUCUCUGUUGAGACCAAUCCAAAGCAGGGAGGCUUUGAGUGGCAGGUGCGCAGACCAAUCGGGUGGCAGUAAAUGGCGCGGGGCAGAUGAGGUGAAUCCGCCAUGUUAGGAGCCUCUGUCACAACAGUGAGGAGCGAGCGGCACCGGCAGCUUUCCCCUGCCCAGGGUACCGCUGAACCGCCCUGCUUCCCUGCCGGGACCGGCCUCAGGCGGCCCCACAGCAUGGAGCCCCAGGUAAACCUCAGUGUGACUUUUAGAGGUGAGACUCAGAGUUUCCUGGUUUCAGAUUCAUCAAACACUACCUGGGCUGAUGUAGAAGCCAUGGUGAAAGUUUCAUUUGAUCUAAACAACAUUCAGAUCAAAUACAUGGAUGAGGAUAAUGAUGAGGUCUCUGUCAAUAGCGAAGAGGAAUAUGAAGAAGCUCUGAAGAUUGCAGUUACACAAGGAAAUCAGCUCCAAAUGAAAGUGUAUCAAGUAAACUCCCUUCCAAGUGAAACUGCGCAUUCCUGUUCCAUGCAAGUCUGUGAAAAAGCUGGAUUAGAAAAACUGUCCAUUCCCAAAGAUGGAAAGAGACCUCUCUCACACUAUUCCAUGCUUGCUCAGGCCUUAGGGCAGGACAUAAAGGCUGAAAGGGAAACCACUGCACAGCAAAAGCUAAAUCAAAACGAAGCUGAAGGGACCAAUGAAAAGCCUCCAGAGUGGUUUACUAGCUACUUGGAAUCAUUUAGGGAACAAGUAGUUAAAGAAACGGUUGAGAAACUUGAGCAAAAACUAAGUGAGAAGCUCAUCCUUCGUAAUCAGCCCCCAGACUCAUCCAGCAGCUCCACCGUAAUAGCACAGCCCGCUCCAGAGACCCAGUCAACACAAGGCAGCCAGUGUGACUGGCUAAUCUCCUGCAGCAACUGCCAUGCCCGGAUUGUGGGGAUCCGCUAUCAGUGCAGUAUGUGCCCAGCCUACAGUAUCUGUGAACCGUGUGAGGCAGGGACAUAUGCACAUGAUCCUAAUCAUGUCUUGCUGAAGUUGCGGAGGCCUGUUCUAUGUGUCUCUGAGACAUACAGCAUUGGGCAGUUCUCUCCUCGUCUCCCUGCUACUCUGGAGCAAGUUAGGCUUCAGAAACAAAUGGACAAAAGAUUUCUGAAGGCAGAAAAGCAAAGAUUACGAGCGGAGAAGAAACAGCGCAAGGCUGAAGUCCGAGAGCUCAAAAAGCAGCUCAAGCUGCACAGGAAGAUUCACCUGUGGAACUCUGUCCAUGCGCUGGAGAUCACCGGCUCAUCUGCUAUCAAACCAGAGAGCCUGCAGCCCAGUGCCCUCAUGAGUCCUAUCCAGCCCUGCCCAACAGUUGUCCCUACACUGAGCGCAGUGUUCGUGGAUGAGAAUUUGCCUGAUGGGACUCAUAUACAACCAGGGACAAAGUUUAUCAAGCACUGGCGAAUGAAGAACACUGGCAGCGUGGAGUGGAGCUCAGACACCAAGCUGAAAUUCAUGUGGGGAAAUCUGACCCUGGGGUCUUCUGAAAAAAAGGACGUAUUGGUGCCAUCCCUGCCAGCAGGGCAAGUGGGGAUUGUCUCGGUCGAGUUUAUUGCUCCUGCUCUAGAAGGGACCUACGCGUCUCAUUGGCGGCUGUCACACAAGGGGGAGCAGUUUGGGCCCAGAGUUUGGUGCAGUAUUGUUGUGGAUCCUUCCGCAGUCACUGCCUGCUUGGAGAGGAAUCAGAAGACCUCUAGUUCUAGUCUAAAGGAUAAGGAUUCCUAUAGAAAUGAGGUGGUUUCUUCAAAAUCAGAAUCAGAAGGCCAGGAGGCUGGUGAGGGGAUGGAGCAAACAGACUUGCCAGUGCCAGGCAUCCCUCUGAAGAUUAAAAAUAUCCCCAGCGAGAGAGAGUUUUACAUCCCAUCAGUUGAUCUCCUUACUGCACAGGAUUUGCUGUCCUUCGAGCUGCUGGACAUUAACAUAGUGCAGGAACUGGAGCGAGUGCCACACAACACUCCUGUUGACAUGACUCCGUGCAUGUCUCCUCUGCCACAUGAUAGCCCUCUGAUAGAGAAGCCUGGUUUGGGUCAGAUAGAGGAGGAGAAUGAGGGGAAUGGAAUUAAACCAGUACCUGAUGCUCACAUGGUGAAAAUGAAGGGUGAACAUCCAGUGAACUUGGAAGAAGGAGAGGAAGACAUGAGUGGGACUCAGUUUGUAUGUGAAACAGUUAUACGCUCACUCACCCUAGAUGCUGCACCUGAUCACAAACCCCCUCAAAGGACGAAAUCGCUGCAGAGCUCCCUGCAGACACUACAAGACACCUUCAGUUACAGUGUAAAAAGUGAAGAAGCUAUUAGGACAAAAAGUAAUUCUGCUUCCAAACCCAAGGAAAUGGGGUCAAAGAGCCAACAGACCGAAGAAAAUAAGUUUGAGAAACUUGCAGUGUCUGACGGAGCAAAUCUCAGUGGGGAGCCUAGUGACGCAGAGUAUGAAGAGGAGGAUGUUAAAGAUGAAGUUCAAAGCCAAGUGUCCUCUGCUUCUUCAGAGGAUUAUAUCAUUAUUCUCCCUGAGUGCUUCGAUACCAGCCGUCCGCUGGGAGAGUCUAUGUAUAGCUCUGCCCUCUCUCAGCCCAGUUUGGAAAGAGCAAUAGAUACUGACAUGGAGAUGGUGAUCCCAGAAGGAGAGAGCCAGCCUCAGGUCCAUAAUAUCAACGACAUCUUAACAACUUCACAGACGUUGGAUGCAGUACCGUUGACCCCAGAGAUCAUCAGCACCCUACCCCAGCCACAAAGGAACCUCUCUUCUCUUCAGAGUCAUGGUCUCCAAAAAGCAAAUUUGCCAUUUACAGAGGAAAUACCUUCAACUGUUCCUGAUCAAAUAAGAGAAGAGCCCAGAUAUGAAGACUUUCCUGGACCAGGACCUUCAAGAAUUGUAAAUAAUAUUAAAUCGAAGUGCCCGGAAUAUGCAAGACACCCCCAAGGAAGCAGCAUUGCAGGAGGGCUGGUUAAAGGAGCUUUGUCUGUUGCUACCUCUGCCUACAAAGCACUGUUUGCUGGACAGUCCAUUGCAGAACAACAGCCUACAACUACAGAAGAGCAGACUGCCACUCUCCUAGCCAAUCUGUGUGAGAUGGGAUUCUGUGACAGGCAGUUAAACCUGAGACUGCUGAAGAAACACAACUAUAACAUAGUGCAAGUAGUUACUGAAUUGCUUCAGAUCAAUAACAAUGACUGGUACAGCAGCAGAUACUGACUCCUCCUGGUAGCUGAAGAAUCCAUAUUUGACCAGACUGUUAUUAAACACCACAGCAGCAGACUACUCCCAGGCUUCCUUCUUUUUUCGGGUUGGGGGAUAGAAGCACUUCAUUUCCAUUUUUCUUGAAUUCUUGAUUUGUUCCUUCACUGAAAUCUCAAACACACCACUUGCAUCUCAGAAUUUUAUGAAUCAAAGACCAGAAUUUUAACUUUGCUUUAGACACUGGAUAGAUAGUUGAAUAACUUUUAAAUCUGAUUUGAUACUAAAUCUCUUGCAUCUAUGAGUUCAGUAGAAUUAUUUAAAACUUCUCCAACACAACUCUUUUACUGUGUAAGUUGUUUUUAGGCAGUUGGGAUAUUUUGUUUUGCUGACCUCAGCAUGAACAAACAUUGGAAAGAGGGGCAGACACUGCUGUUAAAUGUAGUUUCACCUAAUCUUCAAGAUCUGCACACAGCUAGGAGGUUGCCACUUCUGCUGAGAUUGUUUGUUUUUAAAGUAAUCGACAUUUCUAAUGCAUGAUAGAAGUACUAAUAGAUUAAAAAUACGUCCUAAGCACUCUUUUGUAAAAAAAAAAAAAUAAUAAAAAGAAAGGGGGUGCUCACAUGAAAGACCCCUAAAAAACCCCAUGAUUAAAAUUUAUUUUAAAAUACUGAAAAUAUAACCAAUGUUAAUUUUAAAUGUAUUUAAUGAAGGUCAGAAAUUUCAUUGUUUAAUUUCAUUGUCGAUAGAAUGAAGCAUGAGAAUUAAUUCACCAGCAGCUUCUGAACAGUAUCUGUAAUGGUGAAUAGUACAAAAUGUAUUUCUUCAGCAAAGAAACAAAAAGUCAUAUAGCCUACAUAAGAUAUUUUCCUAAAAGGAGAAUAGAACUGUAGGAAAAAAUCCACCUAUGAAUCCUUAGGGACCUUUUGCAAAGGAUGACGGUUUGACACUUAUUUUUCCAAAUCACUGCAGUGCAAACCUCCUAUUUUAGUGAUAAAGAACUGAAGAAUGUGAUCAGUCAGGCCUGUGUAGGGGUGUGAAUUCUAGUUAUGUCUGGGAAUCUGAGUGAGAGUUAGAGGUAGGAUUUGGUUGACUUCUGGUUUUUAAAAAAGCAUUAACUCCAGGAGUAUUAACUACCAGUCUCUUGAUUAAUCAGGUUAUACUGUGUAACAAUUACAAUAUAUUGUAUACAGUUGUACUGUAUGAUACAGUGUCAUUGCAGCUUAUGUGCAGUAUUUGAGAGAGAUGAAAACCUGAGAAAAUAAUUCCCCUUGAAACCCAUCAGGGCUAGGGUUUGAUUCUUGGGAAUGACAAGAAACCAUCAGAAUCCACUGCUGUGCAGUAGUGUGCCGGUGCUUUGUAACUUGGAACCCAGCCAUUUGGAUUUGACAGCAGUGUUGACUACAUUCUUAUUUUGAAUCUGUCAUGGUUUAAGUGAAUUUUUUUCCUUGCUACAGCAAAACUCAGACCAUUGACAGUAUUGAAAACAUGUUAAAUUCUGAUCUCUGCUGCUUCUAUUUAAGGUGUUAAUAUUUUUACAGGUGUGGCUAAAGAGUCCAAAGCAGUAUCAGUGUUUUGAUUGACUAUAUAAUAAUCAUUAGCCAUACAAAUAUAAAUUAGAUUCUAUUAAAGUAUUAAAAGAAAAUAUGUAUGAUACAAUUUUGUUGUUUAAAACCUAUUUUUAUAGAAGAUGACAGAUAACAAAUUGUUAAACCUUUAUUUUGAAAUACAGUGAGACUAUUUUGCAGUGUUUUUCCCCAGUACAAUUCUAUCUGCUGUGGACCAAUUCUAGAUAAUUUCUCACUUGAUAAAACUACAGUUUAAUACUUUUCCAUCACCUACAGUAUGUGUGCAAACUCUGGUCUGUAGUGUUGUAGCUCAAGCUUACAGAGAAUGAAAUGGUGAGGAUGAAGUUCAGUUGCUGCUAAGCAUCUUACUUUGACCUGGAUUGUUCAACAAGAAAAACUUUUUCCUCUUAAUACAUACCUUCAUACUGAGGGUGGGGUUUUUUUGGUUGGUUUGUUUGUUGCUUUUUAAACAACUUUCCAUUCGAGCUAAUUUAAGUAAUUGUUAAACACUGAAAGAUUUGCAAGUAACACACUUCAUUUGAGAUUGAAACCCUUUCAAGUUUGCAAGACCUAUUCUCUUUAGUUUCCCCCUCCAUAAUGCUUGGGUUAGUUUUACCGUUAUAACUCUAAGCCAUUCUCCUGUAUCCUGAUCGUUUUAGAUAAUGUAUGCUUGGACUUAAGAUAUAUUUCUGUUGGCUUUGUAUAGUUUGUUAAUGAAUGCAUGAUAUAAUUUAUAAUAUAUUCCAUAGUGCAGAUAUGGUCUUUGUAUAUUAUUUAGAAUAAGCACUUUAAAGUCUUCAAAUGUGAUGUAAAAUAAAUAAAUAAAUAAAAA